CGCUGAAGAUCCACCGCCGGGCAGCGAAGUUCGCAGCAGCGCUAGAAUGCGGUGUCCCAAGUUUUGGGGUCCAUGUUCGGUCAGUUUUUACAUUUGGACAGCUCUUCUUUUUAAAGGUUCCUUGCAGGGGGAACACCAGAGGAAGCUAUACAAGGAGCUGCUGGCCAACUAUAAUCGACUGGAAAGACCGGUUAUUAAUGAUUCAGCUCCUAUUCAGGUGGAGCUGGGCCUCACUCUCCUACAGAUUAUAGAUGUGGAUGAGAAAAACCAAGUGCUAAUGACCAAUGCAUGGCUGCAGCUGUACUGGACAGAUGUCUACCUGAGCUGGAAUCCAGAGAAUUACCCCGGUGUCCAGAACCUCCGAUUCCCUUCAGACCAGAUAUGGACGCCUGACAUUCUUCUUUACAACAGUGCUGAUGAGCGCUUUGAUGCCACAUUUCACACCAAUGUCCUGGUGAACGCUUCAGGUCACUGCCAGUACAUCCCCCCCGGCAUCCUGAAGAGCACCUGUUACAUCGAUGUGCGUUGGUUCCCUUUUGACGUACAGAAGUGUGACUUAAAGUUUGGCUCAUGGACUCACAAUGGCUGGCUUCUGGACCUCCAGAAUCUUGAUGUUGAUACCUCCACUUACAUACCCAAUGGAGAAUGGGAUCUUGUGGGUGUGCCAGCCAAGCGUAAUGAGCUGUAUUAUGAUUGCUGUAAAGAGCCCUAUCCUGAUGUGACCUUCACAGUCACCAUGCGCCGCAGGACCCUUUAUUACGGACUAAAUCUGCUCAUUCCCUGUGUGCUGAUCUCUGGCUUGGCCUUGCUGGUCUUCCUCUUGCCAGCUGACUCUGGAGAAAAGAUCUCUCUAGGUAUCACUGUGCUGCUUUCACUAACUGUCUUCAUGCUUCUGGUAGCAGAGAUUAUGCCUGCCACAUCUGACUCUGUGCCUCUUAUCGCUCAGUACUUUGCCAGCACAAUGAUGAUUGUGGGAAUGUCUGUGGUGGUAACUGUCAUAGUCCUGCAGUUUCACCAUCAUGACCCUCAUGGUGGCAAGAUGCCCAAGUGGGUUCGUGUUGUUCUGUUGAACUGGUGUGCUUGGUUCCUCCGUAUGAAACAACCUGGUGAUGAGCGAAAGAGGCCCAAGCACAAGUACCGCCACGCCUCCCGGCAUCACUCCAGCACCAGCUCCAUUGAAAUGGGCACGAUGCCCAGUCUCACUGUGCCUCUGUCUCAGGCAUCAUGUCCACCUUGCCCAACAGCUGCCUCCAAUGGCUCCAUGAGUCUCUUCUUUGGCAAUUACCACUCUAUGGAGAGCCCACAUUGCCCACCUUCUAGUGACUCUGGGCUUACACUAGGUGGACGCACUCAUGGAUCUCCAGGUGAUGAGGCUGAGCCACCCGGGGGAGUUGGUGGUGGCGUUGGAAGUCUUGGGAUAGGAGUUGGCAUCCCCCCACCGGAGAUCAUGCGCAUCUUGGAAGAGGUGUCCUAUAUUGCCCAGAGGUUUCGUGACCAGGACGAAGCAGAGGCCAUCUGUAGUGAGUGGAAGUUUGCUGCUGCCGUAGUGGACCGGCUGUGUCUGGUGGCUUUCUCGCUCUUCUCCAUAAUUUGCACUUUCACCAUCCUCAUGUCAGCUCCUAACUUCAUAGAGGCUGUUUCCAAAGACUUCACAUAACUGGCUG